AUGGGCGCUAUGGGAGAGGACCAAAGGGAGAGGAUGGAGGAUGCAACGGUGGACAAGUUCCCGGAGGGGUUGCGUGUGCUCGCGGUCGACGACGAUUGUGUCUGCCUCAAUGUACUAGAGGCUCUCUUGCGCCGCUACAUAUACCACCCAACGAUGGCGAUGGAUGCCAAGACGGCGCUGAAAAUGCUUAGGACGGGGAAAGUGAAGUUCGACCUGGUCAUCACCGAUGUGCGCAUGCCGUACAUGGACGGCUUCAAGCUCCUCGAGCUCACCGGCCUCGAGAUGGAUAUGCCCGUCAUCAGUACAGUCACUACUCAACCCAAAGUCCUAAUUUUAUUUUUCCAUGUAAAAUUGCUUUUAAGGAGUACUUUUACUCCUGAAUCUUGA